UUUUAUAACAAAAUUAUAAGAGCUAUAAUAUUCUUUUAAGUAUAGAGAGAUAUUAAUAUUCUUAUUAACUAUAACAAUGGCAAUGAAGAAUUUGGCAUGUGUGAUGAUAAUGGUAGUGGUGGUGGUGGUUGCUAAUUCCCCGAGUGCGAUGGCUGCCCUAACUUGUGGACAAGUAGUAGGGAGCCUUUCGCCGUGCAUAACAUAUGCUAAGGGUAACGGUGCUGGUAAACCACCGGGAGGGUGUUGUAGCGGGAUUAGCGCCGUCAACAAUAUGGCCAAGACCACACCCGAUCGCCAGACUGCUUGUAGGUGCCUCAAAAGCGCUGCAAGCCAAAUCCCGGGCAUCAACUACAACCUUGUUGCUAGCCUUCCUUCAAAGUGCAAUGUCAACAUUCCUUACAAGAUUAGCCCUUCCACCAACUGCGACAGUAUCCGUUAAAUAAGUUGAAGGAGAAGUACUACACAAUCAAAUUUUAGGCCACGGAUGAUCCAUAUAUAAUUAUUAGAAAUAUAUAUAUGAUAAAUAAGUUAUAUAUAUAAUAUAUAUAUAUAUAGCACGUACGUGAGAAUAAAAUAUAUUAAGUGUGUUGAUGUUCAUGAUGUGAACAGGUUAUUAUACAUAUAUAUAUAUUAUAUAUAUAUAUAGCUGUAAUCUGAUCAUCUCAUCUAGGUAUUGAGUGUACCUGUUUUAUUAAUUAGUUGGUGUGUUAUUUUGAUUAGAAUGAAAUUAAUGAAUAAGUUUUUAUUUUAAUAA